UAGCGCACGCACGGAUCCAUCCGCCGCGCCGCUGGACUCUGCCACUCCGCCAUGCCGUCGUCGUCCCGUCGUCGCCCUGCGCCGCCACUGUACACCCGGCCAUCCCGCCACGCCGUUGUCUCCGAGGCCACGCACGCACGGUCGCCAGGGUCAGAGUUGCUCGUGCUCAGCGUGUCCGUGCCGGCGGCUGGGGACGCCGCGGUGGUGCUUCUCCUCUUCCACGACCUUGACCACACCACGAGCACGCCUCCCACGACGCUCCGGUGCUCCGCCUCCACGACCACGCCCCCAACACCGACGCCAUCGCAUCAUGGUCUCACCUGGCAGUGACCAUCGUCGGCGGGGCCGGCGAGCUGGCCUGGGCCAGAGGGCUGGUCGGUCCGAGCCUCGUAGUGGGGCUCGCCGGGCACCGAGCUGACACCCGGCUUGGCGUCGCCGGCGAGCUUUUGGCUGGCUCGGUCUGGUUCGUGUCCAACCUGACCUGUGAAAUUGUUGUCGGGGAGCAGCCGUCGCUGCUGUCGUGAUACGGUGUAGCAACAACCCAUCCACGAGACGAUGCUAGAGAAACUGAGGGGGCCAUGCGAGUUUCAAAUUUGAAACGUCAGAGAACGGCGAUUGAACAGAAGAGUAGGCCGGAGGAUGGUGUUUUAUUGGGGAAGAGCAGCGGUGGCUAGGUGGAGACAUGAAACAUCCCGAGUUUAAGUUCCACGCUUCGCUUUUUAUUUCAAUUCAGUGGUCCCAUGGGGAGGAGGAGGAUGGAUGGGCACCACCAACUCAAAUCUUUAGAAGUAAGAAAGAUCUAAAUUAUGUUUAAAGGCUGACUUCCUAAACUACUACUUGAACAUGGUUUCUGAAGGAAUAAUGAGUUGCGAGAUAUUGUCUUUUGCAUGAACGAAUAAACUAUUUUGGCAUGGAUGAUAUUUGCUAUUUUCUGGACUUAAUUUUUUAUUAGUUCUUUCUCUGGAGCUCCGUACACUCAAACUCGACCUCUGACCACUACGUAAUUGUUGUGCAUUAACAAACAAAUUUCUCUUGAUUCUUGGAUGGAUGUAGGUCCUCACAUCGCAGAUACAUAAUACAUUGGCACUCCCAAGGAGAGGAUGCUUGUGGCCCUCAAUGCAGCGCAAUGGGUAGUGCGCAAGGCGCUGGCCCCCGUAGCUGAUGGCGUCCUGGAGGCUUGGGAUGCCAGCAACAACUUCGGUCUCAACAUUGAGGCCCUAAGGAUGGAACUGUUGCUCGUGAAGGCCACGCUUGAAACCGCUGGCUGCAAGAAUAUUGACGGCCAGGCGAUGGAGGAGCUGCUGGGAAAGCUGAGGCACUCAGCGCACUGUGCCGAGGACUUGUUGGACGAGCUGGACUACUUCCGCAUCCAUGAUGACCUCCAUGGCAUGUAUGACGCUGCUGCACAUCAUCCCAAGGGCGGCGUCCACAACCUUGCCCUCAAUGCUCGUCAUGCUGCCAAAGCCAUUGGCAAACUGGUUGGUAUAUCCGCAAGCUCGUUUGCUGCCAGCCCUGUAGGUGAUCCUGAAGAAGUACAAGAUGCAAGACACCAGGCCGGCUGUUGUGCUUGGCCACGUGCCAGGCAGAAGUCAAAUGGAAACUCCUCGACAAUGCCAAAUGCCAAUCAGGAGGUCAGCGGAUGCAUGCCCAAGCUCGGUAAACUCAUCCCUUGCUCAUCUCUUCCACAUGUUCAUGGUGAUCAUUCCAGCCAGCUAGCUCUGUGUGGUGCACCAGAGAGAGAAACACCAACGGUGGGGUUUAAUAGGGUUGUUGUCUCUGAAAGAAUGAAGCACAUUGUAGAGCAACUGCAACCUGUGCGCAGAGAGGUUACCAAGAUUAUGCAAAGUUGUGACCCCAUUACUGUCCCAAAUAUUGGCCAGAGUCAUCCCAUCACCACCAGUCAAAGUAUAGAGCCAAAAUUGUAUGGGAGGGAUGACAUCAUGAUUAACAUCAUACAUGAUAUGACCAAGGGUAAAUGCCAUAGCAAGGAUCUAAUUGUGCUUCCAAUUGUUGGUCCAGGGGGGAUAGGGAAGACAACUCUCAUACAACACAUAUAUCACAAUAAAGAAGUGCAAAAUCAUUUUCAAGUAAUGAUUUGGGUAUGUGUAUCCCUCAAUUUCAAUUUGAAUAAGCUGCUUGAAGAUAUUAAAAAAGAUAUCCCUCCGGUUGAAGGGGAAAGGGGGGAUAGACCAGAAGAGCUGAUUGCACAAAGAUUAAAAUCUAGAAAGUUUUUGCUUGUAUUGGAUGAUAUAUGGGAGUGUAGUAAUGAGGAUGACUGGGAAAGGUUAUUGUUGCCACUUAAAAUAUCACAAGAAAAUGGUAGCAUGAUUCUAGUCACAACUCGGUUUCCAUCAAUAGCAAAGAUGGUUGGAACAACUGACCAUUCAAUAGAAUUAGAAGGUUUGGAACCUAAAUACUUUAGGGAGUUGGUCCAUGCAUUUAUCUUUGGUGAUGACCAGUCUAGAAGGGAUCAUAGUUUUUUGCUUGAGACCGGAGAUAAGAUAAUGAUAAAACUGAAGGGAUCCCCACUUGCAGCAAAAACUGUUGGUAGAUUACUGAGGAAAGACCUUAGUUUGCGUCACUGGAAAAGGGUCCUAGAAAGUAAAGAAUGGGAGAGGCAGACCGGUGUCAAUGAUAUUAUGCCUGCCUUGAAGCUCAGCUAUGACUAUCUCCCUUUCCAUUUGCAACAAUGUUUUUGCUAUUCUGCACUGUUUCCUGAAGAUUUCCAUUUCAACAGCAGCCAACUGAUCAACUUGUGGAUAGGACUAGAUAUAUUACAACCCGAUGUUCUAAACCAAACAUUUGAAUACAUAGGUUUGAGCAAUUUAAAUGAUUUGGUAACACAUGGGUUUUUCAGAGAAGAGAAAUCUAAUGGGCGUCCGCAAUAUGUAAUGCAUGAUCUGCUACAUGAUUUAGCAUUGCAAGUUGCAUCUCAUGAUUGCAUUAGUUUACAUUGCUCCAACAUAGGGUCAUUGGGAAUUCAGCCAUCCAUCCGUCACUUGUCUCUAAUCAUAGAUGAUGAUGAUACAAUGUCUCAUGAAAACUUUAAGAGUGAACUCAAAAAGCUGAAGAAAAAAUUGAAGGUUAAACAAUUGCACACUUUGAUGUUAUUUGGAGAAAUGGAUGAAAGCUUUACAAACAUUUUGGGUGAUUUGUUUAGUGAAGCAAAUGCUCUUCGCGUUCUCCAUUUGGUUAACAUGCCGUCUUCAGUGGAGUCCAUGGUACAUAACUUUUCAGCACUUCUCCACCUAAGAUACCUGUGUUUGGGGACAAAGUAUAAGAGGGAGAUGCAUUUACCACUUACAAUUUCUAGAUUUUAUCAUUUAAGGAUUUUGGAUCUAGAAUCAUGGUACUGCUGUCGUGAUUUGCCCAAAGACUUGAGCAACCUUGCAAAAUUGCACCAUUUUUAUACCCCAAGUGAUGAGUUGCAUUCUGGUAUUUUUAAUGUUGGAAGACUUGUACUCUUAGAAGAGUUGAAGGUAUUUAAAGUCAAUAAAGAAAGUGAAGGAUUCGAACCAAAGCAACUAGAGCAUUUGACAGAACUAAGAGAGCUUGGCAUGUAUAACCUUGAGACUAUACACAUGAAAGAAGAAGCAGCCAAAGCAAAACUGAUAGAGAAAAAAUACUUGGAAAGGUUAACAUUGGAUUGGGACAGUAAGCGGUCUCAUACCGAGCCUGGUGUGGAAGCAGCUGUCAUUGAGAGCCUUCAACCACACAGAUAUCUUCAAGAGUUGUGCAUUAGAGGGCACAGAGGCCCUUGUUGUCCAACAUGGUUGGGUGAUAAGCUCGUAUUUGAAGCUCUUCAAUCACUUAAUCUCUCUGGUGUUUCUUGGGAACAUCUUCCUCAUUUGGGGAAGAUGUGGGAUCUUGGUAAAUUAAUAUUGAAGCAUAUUGACACAAUGAAGGAGUUUGUUACGGAACAAAGCUUUUGUAGGCUCAUAAGGCUUGAACUUGUUGGCUUGGGAUGUUUUGAAAAAUGGGUACCAUCACAUGACUCUCAUAUGUUUCCUCUUCUGCAAGUACUGAUUAUCAGACACUGCCCUAAACUCUUGGAUUUGCCAUUUUCAAACCACAUUGGUUACCCACCAGAUGAAGACUGGAACAUUGAUUGGUUUCCCAAAUUGCAAGACCUGAAGAUACAAAAUUGUCCAGAAUUGAUGUUAGUGGCUCACAUCCCCUGGACUGAAACUCUAUGUCGUGUCAAUAUAAAUGAUGUAAAGCUACUAGUGAUGCUUGGGUACAAUUCAGAAUCAUCCUAUUUGUCUAUUACUGGGAAGGAUGAUCUACAGAGCUUAGAUCAGGUGAUAUCAUUCAGUAAACUGACAGGGCUCGAGGAGCUAACUCUCAAAAAGUGCCCACCUCUGGAGUCGAAGCACCUUCUGAUGCUAACCUCACUGAAGACAUUGGUUGCAGAGGGUUUGAAUGGUGUGGUUGGGCUAGGAGGUGAGGGUGAUGUGGAAUGGCAGCAUCCUGUUGAGCAUCUUGUUGUCCAGGAAUCACGCAGUGCUAGUGGGAAGGACUUGACAGAGCUCCUCUCCCACCUCCCAAGGCUCUCCCAAUUGAGGAUCAUAAAGUGUGAAAUAACACAACUGGCAGUGGGGGUGGAUCUGCAACACACAACGUCAGUAACAACAUCAGAGGUGGAGCAGGAGAAAGAAGACGAUGGGCUGCUGCUCUUCCCAGCCCAUCUCUCUGACUCACUACGGCAGUUGGUUAUCGAGGAAUGCCCAGAGCUGGUCCUGGUGGACACCCCUUCAACUUCUGUUCCUGCCCGAGGUGGAGGUGGGCUCCAAGCCCUGCGAUCCCUCCAGAGGUUACAAAUUCGGUUCAGCCCCAAGUUCCUCUUAUCCGUUGGCUUGUUUUCAUCUCCUUCCUUGCAAGUCCUUGAGAUUUCCGGUGCGGAAGGCAUGGAGACGCUGGAGCAGCUCUCAAACCUCACCUCUCUCAUCCAGUUAGAAUUGUGGUAUUGCGGAGAGGAUCUAAGAUGCAAGGGCCUGGGGCCUCUCCUUACCGCUGGGGGACAACUCAGAGAAUUGACCGUCCUUGGCAGUGCUAGAUUCUUUGCUGGAUGGGAUCACAAUCCCAGGCGGGUGCUGCAGGAUGAAGGAGGAGAAGAGCAGGAGCUGCAACAACUUGUUUCCACCCCGAGUUCAUCCAAACUGCAUAAGCUUUGGACAGAUGACCCUGUGGGACUCCUUGCUGCGCCCAUCCACAGUUUCCUGUCCCUCACCCACAUGUGCCUUCGAGGGGACGAAAAGACUGAGCGCUUCACCAAGGGGCAAGAGGAUACCCUUCACCUCCUUGCCUCCCUACAGCAACUCAUGUUUGAUGCAUUCGGCAAGCUUCAGCAACUCCCUGAAGGGCUGCACAAGCUUACCAACCUCAAUAAGUUAGUGGUCUGGUCAUGUCCGGUCGUCCGGUCACUACCCAAGGAUGGCCUCCCCAAAUCACUUCAAGAAUUGGAUGUCAGCUACUGCGGCAACGAAGAGCUAAAACAAUAGUGCAGCGGGUUAGUGGGAACCAUCUCAAAAAUCAAACUACAACCUUUGGACUGAUCCAAGGUAAUGGCAACUAGUUUCCCCACAUUACUUCCCAGGUCCCACAAUUACCCUUUCUUUUUUUCCUGCAUAAUAAUCUGACCAACGUGUGUUUCUUUCAACCAUGCAGGCCUCUACCGAGUCCCCCUAUACAACUAUUUUUCUUUCCAUACAUGCCACUUGUUACGGCCGUAGAGGCCCACCGGGCAAUCUUAGCCCAUAAGUUAUCUUAGGUUAAUUCUUACGCAAGUUAUCUUAGGCUAGUCGUUUUGAGGUUAUAAAUAUUAGUUGUAAGAUACCUUUUGAGAUUAAGCAAUAAAGAUAGUUCUAUCAUAUUGCCCGGCUCCAGAGGAGCCGGAAACCCUAGCCGCACCAAACCCUAGCCGCCGCCGCCCU